AUGAUAAAUGACCAUGAACAUAUGAUAAAUCACCAUGAACAUGUGAUAAAUGACCGUGAACAUGUGAUAAAUGACCGUAAACAUAUGAUAAAUGACCGUGAACAUAUGAUAAAUCACCGUGAACAUACGAUAAAUGACCAUGAACAUAUGAUAAAUGGCCAUGAACAUACAAUAAAUGACCAUAAACAUAUGAUAAAUGACCGUGAACAUACGAUAAAUCACCAUGAACAUACGAUAAAUGACCAUGAACAUAUGAUAAAUGACCAUGAACAUGUGAUAAAUGACCAUGAACAUGUGAUAAAUCACCAUGAACAUGUGAUAAAUGACCAUGAACAUAUGAUAAAUGACCAUGAACAUACGAUAAAUGACCAUGAACAUAUGAUAAAUGACCAUGAACAUACGAUAAAUGACCGUGAACAUGUGAUAAAUGACCAUGAACAUACAAUAAAUGACCAUGAACAUAUGAUAAAUGACCAUGAACAUACGAUAAAUGACCAUGAACAUGUGAUAAAUGACCAUGAACAUAUGAUAAAUGACCAUGAACAUACGAUAAAUCACCAUGAGCAUGUGAUAAAUGACCGUGAACAUGUGAUAAAUGACCAUGAACAUACGAUAAAUGACCAUAAACAUAUGAUAAAUGACCAUGAACAUAUGAUAAAUCACUGUGAACAUACGAUAAAUCACCGUGAACAUAUGAUAAAUGACCGUGAACAUACAAUAAAUCACCAUGAACAUACGAUAAAUGACCAUGAACAUAUGAUAAAUGACCAUGAACAUGUGAUAAAUGACCAUGAACAUAUGAUAAAAUGA